AUGGCUUCUUCUUCCUCUGCUUCCUCCGCCAUUUCCUUUGAGUCCGAAUCCACUCGAGAAGCAACUCCAGAAUAUGACCCCAUUGUCGCCUACAAGCUUCUCCCUGGCGGGGAGCUGGAUGAAGAUGACGAGGACGACGUUUCCUGGGAGGGAGACUUCUUCUCCUCAGAGGAAGAAGUUGAUUCCUCCUCAACCGAGGAGGACUCGGUGGCAGGAGGCUUCCUGCUUGGUGGGUCGUCGGAGGAUGAUGACGAUGACAAUGAUGACGAAGAAGCUGAAGACAGCAGUGGCUUCAACAGCGACAGCGGCGGAGAUGAUGGCGGCGAUGAUGAUGGCAGCGACGACGAUAGUGAUGCCAGCAUGGCUCCUCCGAUCAAGCGCCACAGAGUCUCCGGCACCUACUGGUGGUAG